GUAUAUAAAUGCUCAUCUUUCACUCGUUCUUCACAAAAGCUUGCUCUAUCAACAAACAAUAUGGUGAGAGAAAUCUGUAUCAUAGAAGAUUUUAUUUACCCAAAACUUAACAACAAGGAAUUUGGAUAUUUAUUGGAAUGGGAAGACCAAGAAAAUGGAAUAUUUCGGGUAUUUUGGUCUCAUAAGUCUGGACGAAAGUGGCAGGAAAAAUAUUUCGAAGUAUUUACUGAAUGGGAUAAGAUGAAAGGUCGUAAAAAUCAUGGAGGAUCAGGAUAUUUCACAGAAGCAAAAGGAAGAUUUCGUUCUGCUCUGACAAGAUUAAAAAGCAAAAUUGAAACACUGCCUCGAGACAGUCAUUAUCGGAGGUAUCAACUGAAGAUGUUUCAAAGAGAUGGACCAGUUUCUGCAAAUAGAAAGAAUUAUAAUGCAAUUAAUUUGCAUUUAAAAGAUAAACAGUUAUUAACAUUUCAAACAAGAAGUGAUGAAACAGUAUUACAUACACCUACAUGUGACUCAAAAUUAUUGAAUGAUGACUUCUACACACCUCAAAUAAAAAGUGAAGUAGUUAAUUAUGAUAUAUUAAAUGAUCAGAUUUUGAAUUCAUAUGCAUCAAACAGUUAUAAUAGUUUUCAACCAAAUAUGAUGUGUUCUUCUUCAUCAUCAAUGUUGUAUGGUGAAACAGAAAUCUUGGAUCAAAACAGUUUUUUUACAAACAGUAUUCCUCAGAAAAACAGCUUUACAGUUUCAAUGAGUUCAAACAAUAUUUCAACAGAAGAUGCAAAUAAUUAUAACACAGUGAACUAUGAAUAUACUUAUGAUGAGAGGAAAGAAUAUGGAUUAAAUUCAAUAUAUGAUGAUUUUAUUCCACCAAUAAAAGAUUAA